ACUCCAACAAACAACCAGACAACGUUCAUUCACCAAGAAGACACACAGCGAACUAACUAGUCUUUUAAAAACUGUUGAGGUUAUCAGGAUUUAUAAAAAAGUGAAAGAUGGUUAUUGUGGAAAUGGAUUACAGAUCGGUCACCGCCCCGGUAGGGAUUGUACGUUUCUUUGAGAUCUUCCUCUCCUGUGUGACUUUCAGUCUGGUUGCCCACGAUGGAGUCUUCAGUGGCUCUUAUGGUAUCUGGUGCAUGUUUUCCUGGUGUUUCUGCUUCAUCUUAUCAGUCCUGAUUGUGCUGCUGGAGUUUACCAGGCUAUGUCAGAAGAUCCCCAUCUCCUGGGAGGACUUCACCAGUGCAUUUGCCAUGCUGGCUACCCUCAUGGUGCUUACAGCCUCAAUCAUCUACCCUGUGGAGUUCCUCAAGAACUGCUCAGGAAACAACUGUGCCUUUAAGGCUGCCGCUACAGCCAUGUCCUGCCUGUGUUUCAUUGCCUAUGCCGUGGAGGUGGGGUUGACCCGUGCCAAGCCAGGGGAGAUCAGUGGCUUCUUGUCCACCAUUCCUGGGUUGCUUAAGGUCUUGGAAGCUUUCGUUGCUUGCAUCAUCUUCAUCUCAAUCAAUGAUUACACAGCAAAUUCUGGACGGCAGUGGUGCAUGGCUGUCUACUGUCUCUGCUUCAUCUUUGCCCUCAUCAUUAUCAUCUUUACCAUCUGCAAGAUCAUCUCCCUGUUCCCCUUCUCCUUUGAUAAGGUCCUGACUGGAUACAACAUCUUGGCUGUGCUCCUGUAUGCCUCGGCGGCCAUCAUCUGGCCAAUAUUCUGCUUUGACAAAAAAUUUGGCGGUCCCAGACCCCCAAAUUGCAAUUCCUGUUCCUGGGAUGGCUUGGUAGUAGUUGCUGUCAUGACUUAUGUUAAUCUGGUGGUGUUUAUAGUAGACACAGUGUAUUCUGUGAGGUUGGUCUUUUUCUCCAGCGCAUAGUCAGAGUACCUACCAUGUUGUUUUAGUGAUGAAAGACUCUCAUUUUCUGUAUAUCAUUAUAUACAUAUCAUUCUGUAUACUAUUUUAUAUUGAACUUGCUGGUUCUCGAAUUUCCUGCGCUCCACUUACAUUGGUUAAAUUAAAAUGAAAUGCCCAAUAC